UAGGACCUCCGCCCUCAGUCACAGGGUAGCAGCGUGGUAGAAGAUUGGCCGGGGAAAGACGAACAGUAAAUCGAGCACACACACAGAGAGAUGUCGCUAGUGGAUUAUGCAUCUUCUGAUGAAGAAGAAGAUGCGGAGCUACAAGAACCAUUGAGUGAACAAAACGAGCAAAAAGAAGUGAAAGCAGCCGCCUCACAAUCCCCAGCUGCUACAAGAGAGGUCCCACCCCCUUCUCGGAUCGAGAACAAACAAGCAGAGCCGCCUUCAAAGAAGCAAACAUUGGAAUUCUCCCAUCCAUCGCAACCAUCUGAGUUGAAACUUCCCGAUGCUUCAUUCCUCUUGAAUUCGCCUUCAAUGCCAGCUAAUCUUGAUCGUGCAUCUGACCAUUCAUCCCGGGUGGCGGCAGCCAUGGCUGAAAACGCAACAAAGAAGAGAGACUUAAGUGGACCAGCAUCCAGCAGCUAUCCACGCAGUAAAGUCCCAAAAGGUCCAUUGCCCCAUAUGAAGAAUUUUCCUGACACUGUAGGUGGUAAUCUACUUCCACCUCAACUUGCUGGAAGGAGCAAUGUCGUCACAGAAGACAUAAGCAAGCUGUUUGUAAGAAAGCAAGCCAACUCUUCAUCUUAGUUGAUGAACAAAAUCAGCUAAUUUUCUUCAAAUCUGAUUAGCUCUUUACAGUUAAUGAAACAGAGGGAUGGCCGGUCUAGAGUUUAUACAACUUGUAGAAAAAUGCUCUUCAUCUUUUGUAGUUGGUUCAUGUACUACGAUACUGGCAACCGAUUUCACAUUCAAUAUGCAUUCUGGUGCAUACAAUUUGCAGCUAAUGUCAGUUUGAAAUGAUUAUUGUUCGAUUUGAA